UUCAUGUUAUUACAAGUUUGUCUGCUCAGGAUCACAGUUUGGUGCCAAAGGCAGUACCUGUGGGAAGUCAUGACGGACUUUUGGCUGAUUUCUGUUCCACUGGACAAAACAAGUUUAACCAGUGUAGAGAAACUCAAGCGCACCAUUGCCAAAACCAACCUGGCCUCCUCCUGCUGCAAGUUCUCCAUUCCAGAUCUUAAGGUGGGAGUACUGGACAGUCUGCUCAGCGUGUCAGAUGAUCUUUCCAAACUCGACACGCUGGCUGAAAGUGUGAUCAAAAAAACAUGCCAGUGUAUGAAGGAGGUGCUGGAGUCUAGUGACAAAGUGCUGGAAAAUGCUUUGGCCAAUGGAGUUGACUUGAUGAACUUCAUGAUCAAGUUUCAGUGGGACAAAGCAAAAUAUCCUACAUCUCUAACUCUCUCCAGUCUGGCAGAAAUCAUCAACAAGGAAGUUUCGCAGGUGGAGGCAGAGUUAAAAUCACGUUCUGCAGCGUACAACAGUGUGAAAGCGAGCUUGCAAAACCUCGAGCACAAACUAGAUGGCAAUUUACAAACUUGCAGUCUGAAUGAUGUCGUGAGGAAAGAAGACCUGGUGGUCUCAGAGUACCUCACCACUCUGCUGGUAGUGGUGGCCCGAGGGAGCUACUCGCAAUGGGAGAGGAGUUACGAGUCGUUGUCAAAAUUUGUGGUUCCGCGGUCGAGCAGGAAGCUGUAUGAGAACGGAGAGGGGGGAGUCUUCUCAGUGACACUUUUCAAAAGAGCUGUGUGUGAAUUCAAAGCCAAAGCCCAGGAAAGCAAGUUCUUUGUGCGGGACUACAGCUUUGAUCUGGAGGAGCAGAAACAGCGGGAGAUUAUGCAGCUUAGUUUUCACAAAAAGGAGCAAUAUGGAAUCUUUGUACGCUGGCUGAAGGUGAAUUUCAGUGAAGUGUUUGUUGCCUGGAUUCACUUGAAAGCAUUGCGGGUGUUUGUGGAAUCAGUCCUGAGGUAUGGGUUACCUGUGAAUUAUCAGGCUCUUCUACUGCAGACUGACAGGAAGCACUCGAAGAAACUCAAAGAAGAACUCGCUUCACUGUUUGUGCAUCUGGACCCCACCGCCAGCAUUACUGAUGUGAGCUGUGACAUCCCAGGACUCUGUCAGCAGGAGUACUUCUCCUACAUCUGCUUUCAUAUCAGCACCAACGUGUUGGACAUCAGCUAGCUGUCAACAGCAAGACUGAAAGAGCAAGCACCCACAAGCUGUGGUUUGUUCCCAUUCAGUCACUCACAGCCAGAAACAUAAAGACCCCGAUCGCUAAAAUAAAACCGGAGAAUAUAAAUAUAUUGUUUUCAACAUUUCCCUUAAAGGAGAAAGAUGUAAGGUGUAAAUACAGGAAGAUGUAAAUAAUCCUUGGGUCGUCUUCACCACAAAGCAAGCUGCACGUGUCCUGUGUUUGUCAUGUGCUGCACAUGGAAUUGUGGAAAACCUUAAAAUAUGUGUAAUAUCAGAGGGAUUUUUUUUUUCAGGGAUUCAUUUUAAAACUAUAUGUACUGUAAAUAUUAAUGUCGGUUUCAAACAUUUUAGGUGAGCACAUUAUUUCUAGAAAUCUUACAG